AUGGGGGACCGCGGAAGGAGCGGAGGCGCGGGGGCAGGGACGGGGACGGGGACCGAAGCCAGGAGCGCGGAGGCGGAAUGGGCGGCGCAGCAGGCGGCGUUCAGGCAAUCCGCGGAGAGGCUAGCCGCGGACAGCGCGUGGGACGGGGGGGAAUGGUCGAGCUCCGCGUCCGCGCGCGGAGCCUCCCAGUUCCGCUCCGCCGCCGCCGCGGGCGCCGCGCUAGACGCGUCCCUGCAACGCCCGCUCGCCCUCACCUUCUUCUCCGCCCCGAAACCCCAACCGGAAGAGCUCACCUCCGGAAGCCUACAGCAGCAAGCCGUCCUCUCCUGGCUUAGGCUAGAAUCCCCGACAGUGGCUGUUAGCGUGGUACUAUUCGGUGAUCCGUCUGACGCGGUUCUGACGUCGUUUGCGGCGCAGUUCCCCGAGGGGCGCGUGUGGAUGGAGCAGGUGGACGGGAACUUCAUGGGCACGCCCAUGUUCCAAUCCAUGGUGGCUCGAGGGUUAGUCGAGGGCCCCGGUUUGGGUCGCCGGUUUGACGACGGGCGCGGGGCGGGCGGGAGGGGCGGCGGGGGGCGCGCGGGAGGGGGAAGCGGCGCGGGAGCGGGGGCAGGGGAUGGCGGGGUGAUGAGUGUUUCUGUGCUGAUCAACGCGGAUAUUAUUCUGCUGAAGGAUUUUCCGCUGGCGCUGCGCAAGGCGGCGGCGCGCUUCCCGUACUUCCUCCUCACUGCCAUGCGCUGGGACGCGGAGGUGGUGGCGUGGGCGAGAGAGGAGGGAGUGCUGCACACGUAUGGCGGGUUGGACCUGUGGGCGUGGAACAACCCGCCCCUGCAGAUCGGCCUCACGACGAAACCCAUCCCGCCCUUCACCUUUGGUCGUGGCAGGUACGACAACUGGCUGCUGAGCGAGGCAGUUUCAUCGGGGGUGCGACCGGUGAUAGACGCCAGUGACGCUCUCACGUCCAUCCACGUGAACCACUCGUACCACCACAUGCAGCGCGGGAACCUUCUCCCGGAAAAAGCAGGCAACUUCUGGUCGGUCAACAAGCGCAGCAGCUGGGAGGUCUUCGCCAACAUCCACCUCUCCCAUGUGCACGGCUCGUGGUCGUCGCAGGAGGGCAUGGCGUGGCACGCGCCCUGGAAGCUCAUGCGCUGCGAUGAGCCCGCCUCCGCGCACCUCUGCCUGCUGCGCCGGGUCAAGCCGGGGUCGUGCCGCUGCGAGAGCUCGCCCUUUGUGCACAAAACGCAGAGCGAGCCGAAGCUGCAUGGAAGGAAUAUCGUGUGCGGGGUGUAUAACACGGAAGGGAAGCCGGAUUUGCCGGUGAUGAUGCCGCUGAAUACUGCUUCUCCGGUUGUUGGGCUGCCUCACCUGCUGGAGCAGCUGCUGCCGCAGGUAGCCGAUUCAAGCGGCACGGUCACCAUGCUGGCAGCCACUUUCGACUCCAAGGAGGUCGUCGCUGAUUUCGUCUGCCGUGCUGCCCGCCUCUCCACGCGCAACAUCGUCGUCGCUGCACUCGACGCCGCAGCCUACCGCUACCUCUUCCUUCAAGGCAUUGCCGUGUUUUACCAGAGCACGAAUCUCGACGGUUACUUUCUCCCUCCGGAGCAGACGGAUAGUGGGAAGGGCGGUGGCGGGGGGAGUGGGGGUGGCAUGUGGAAGGUGCUACUGGGGAGGGUGGGCGCGGGGAAGGGGGCGGCGGGGGGAGGUGCGGGGGGAGGUGCGGGGGGAGGUGCGGGGGCGGCGCAGGGGGAGCGUGUGGUGGAGGGGACGAGGGAGUGCUUUCAUGGGUCUCCCUGCUUCUCGCGGUUCCUGCUGGCGAAGGUGACGGCGAUAGCAUCAGCACUGCACCUGGGCUUCAACGUCCUGUGGCUGGACACUGUCUUCGUCGGCUGGCUCGCCAUUCUUUCCGUCACCGCCAUUCUCCCCGCGUGUGCGCUCUCCCGCAGCGCCAUCGCAGCCUCGCUCCUCUCAUCCUCCCCGUCCUUCCCCGUCGUUUCCGCCCCCGCAAUCGGGUCUCGUUCCACUCUCCCGCCAUCGAUUUUUCCCGCUGUUGCGACCGAUGCUUGUUCCGCUCUCCCAUCGCGGACCGCAACAGUGGGGGCUUGUUCCGCUCUCCCGACGUGGGGGUUCCGGGCUGCGACAGCGGGGGUUCGGGCCAUGGCGAGCAAAGCCAAGAAGAAGAAGCAACCAGCGGGGGGCGACGGUCUGACUGGAGACGCAGUGGGGGUGGUUAUUGAUGCUCCUGCACGGGAGGGCGAGGCAAAUGCGGCUCUACUAGAGUUCAUGGCCGAUAAUAUCAUGGUUGCAGACCUUGCCCCUGCCUGCCACUCCAAUGCAGAGAGUCAAACCACUGGCAUCUACACAGUUGCUGACCAUGGCGCGAGCCAGGAGCUUCGGCGGCGAGUAGACGAAUCCAUGGACGCCAUUCAUCGCACGCUCACCAAGUACAAGCCCAACGAGAUCGCCUUCAGCUUCAACGGCGGCAAGGACUCCACCGUUAUAUUACACCUACUGCGCGCAGCCAUGGCGUGUAACUGGCCGUCGACUCACCUCCACCGCUGCCGCUCCAACCCCGAGCUCCGCUCCUCCUGUUACUGCGCCCUCUCCGCGACCCACGGCGACAGCUGCGACGGCUGCGACGACUGCGGCGACGACGAUGCGCCGUUCGCGCCGCACACGCUGUCGUCUUCGUCCGACUGCCUCCUGGCGCCGUCAGCGCGGGGGCGCGUCUCGCGGUCCGAGGCGGGGGACGAGGAGAGUGGCGAGUCGUUCAAAAUGGGGACGACCGCCACGUUUGACGACGAGGAAACGGACGACGGGAAGGCGGAGGCGGAGGCGGAGGCGGAGGCGGAGGGGAAUAUGGGGGGAAACGACGACGGGUGGGAGGGGGAAGCGGACGGGCUGUGCGCCAUCUUCUUCCGCGAUAAGGACAGCUUCGCGGAGGUGGAUCGGUUCACGUUCGACAUGGCGCGGCGGUACGGGCUUGCGCUGCUGCAGACGAAGGAAGGGUUCAAGGAAGGCGUGAUGGCGCUGCAGCGGAAGAGGCCCGUGAAGGCGAUCUUCCUUGGCGUGCGGAUCAACGACCCGAAAGGGAAGGGCCAGCAGGUGUUCGCAGAGAGCUCGCCCGGGUGGCCGCCCUUCAUGCGCGUGAACGUGAUUCUCAACUGGACCUACAGAGACGUCUGGGAGUUCCUGCUGCUCACGCGUGUGCCCUACUGCUCGCUCUACGAUGAAGGUUACACCUCUAUUGGAGGAGUGAGCGAUACCGAGCCUAACUCAGCACUUCGGAAGGCCAGCGACAUCCGCACUUUCCCGCCGGGCCUGUGCCCGUACCUGUGGCUCCUGGCAGAGGCAACAGCAGGGCAAGGAGAGCGGUACAGGAACUGCCCUUUCCUCCCAGCCUACUUCCUGACUGAUGAGACACUGGAGCGAGCAGGGAGACACAAGAAAGAUGCUCAUGCACACGCACAUGCACCGGUGAAGGAACCCAGCAACACAGGGAAGGUUGAGGGCUCUGUUGCUGCUUCAGAUGCAGGGAAGGAGAAUGUGGCUGAGGAGGGGGAUGAGGGGAGCGGAGGGAAACGUGUGGAGGGAAAGACCAAGGAAGAGAUGACCAAGGAGCAUGCGCCUGCUGCUCUGCGCAGUGCCCUUGUGGUGGUUUGA